UGAUCAGUCGAGGAUGUGAGUCAAGGCUCUUGCUCAACUUUCUGUGGAAUUACAGAGGAACAAACCGGAAAGAAAUAGGCGCUGACGAGAAGCUCCGCAUGCCGCUCAUCUGACGGUCUGCUGAGGGAACGAGGAGCCGUGAUUCGGUCACUCCGGUUUGAUUUGUCGGUGGACGGAGGCCUGAACAUGCUGCCGGACGGUGCGUUCACUGUCCUGCUCCUGCUGGUCGGCGGGGUUUCUGCUGUGCCCGUUCCACCUCCAACAAACGUAAAUGUGAUCUGCCAUAAUGCCAAAGUCUCAGUCAGCUGGGAUUACAGCGAACUGCAACCGCACACAACCUUUUGGGUAAACGUUAGCGGAUCUUCUGGGAACCGGGAAGAGAACAGAACCACAGAUCGUCAGUUUGAUCUGAGCCACUUCGUCUGGAAAUCUGAAGAGAACUACAACGGCUUCCUUUACGUCACCGUAUCGGCCAUACAGGGAGAAAAGGAAUCUGAAGGAGUGCAGUCAAACUCAUUCUCCUUUAAUUAUUUAAAGACGGUUGAUACACGAUGUUAUUUGGAUUUCCCUCCUGUGGAUGUUAAAGAGGACGGGUCGGGGGCCACAGUGAGUUUCCCAAAUCCUGUCCACUUCUACAAGGAGCUGGAGACAGAUGCUGCCCACGUAUUUUCGUACACCGUCUCUUCAGUGAAAAAUGGCACAGAAUAUAUUCAACCGUUCGACCAAGAAUGCAUGAUGGGAGUAAACACCUGCAAACUUGAUGUGCUGUUCCCUGAGGGAGUGAAGAAGUGCGUCAGGCUGAAAGGAAUGCUGUUUGAUAGCAAGUCUGUUAACCAGUUCAGAGAGACGGCGGAGAUCUGUGCCCGUGUUUCAACUGAAAUCCAUGUGGUAAUGGUGGCUGUUAUACUGUUCUGCAUCCUUGUCUUCAUAAUCAUUGUGGUGGUAGUUUGCAUUUUUAAGUCGGUUGCCUGGACAAUGCACGUACCUGACAAAGAACCCAAUGCUCUGCGAUUGGACCACAACCCGAAAGUUAUGCGCCAUCACAAUAAGCCCACAGAAGUCACCUCUACGGUCUCCUUCCUGAAGAGGCUGUCGGUCAGCUCUGAGGACGACCAGCACAGCAACAACGACCCUGCUUCACCCUUUCCUGACACAUCCCACUACAUGGGUAGUGCGUUUUCAGAGAGCAGCGACCAGGAGCUGGAAGAUGCAGAGAUGAUACCUGAGGGAAGCAGGACAGACAGUGACUCUGCAGGUGAUUCCGUGAGGACAGAGUGUGUUUCUCUGAGUCCAGAAGAGGACGAAGAGGACGAACAGGAAUUUGUGCCAGCCUACGACCGUCCACACGCUGUGAUGGUGGACUUUGGUGAUGGAGACAUGGUCACAGGUUACAAGGGGUAGUGAAUCAACUUUCAUAGGACUUAUUUUGGGACUGAAGUUGCUUUAGUGAUGGUAUUAACUCAGGUAACCCAGGACCAGUUUGUAUAUUUGCACCUCAAGGUGAACUGUGGCCAGUAGAGACUAAACCUGUGCACUCAGGAGUGAUGCUGUAUCCUAAUGCUCCAUCUGACUGCCGCUUCAGAUCUUAGCUAAAGCUGUACUCUGAAAUGAAAACCCUCUUUUUCUUGGUCCAAGGAGAUUUUUAGGGCCUUACGCAGCAUUGAGGGUAACCUGCAGACAGCUUCCGAAAAAAAUGAACAUGCAACAAUAAUCGAUGCACUGUUAAGCCUUUUUGAAAGAAAGGAACUGGAGGAAGUCACAGAGCUGAAACACAUUCUGGAAUAGAAUAGGAUAUUUUAUAUUUUGGUAUACUGAACAAUGAGGCAUUUUGGACAAUGACUUUCCAACAGUGUGGUGUCUCCACCCACAUUUUAAGAGGCUACAGUGGUUAUGAAAGCUUCUUGUCUCCGGGAGACAAUCUGGUGAGCUUCCAGGCACCCUUCAGCUGUUUUCUGUCUGGUCUCUGUGAAGACAACACCACCCUCAGCUGGCCUCUGCUCCUGUGGCAUUUUAUCAGAUGCAACAGAGCAGAUUGUUGUCAAAGAAUGGCUGCUUCCAAACACCAAAGCGAGACUGUCAAGGAAACAAUCUCCAGAUGAAGGACACAUCAAACACACGUUCAGUUGAAGAAUCUGCUCAGUGUUUUGUUUACAUCUUCUCCAGCAUUUAUGCUUUCAGAAUUGAAAAAGACACAUCUCCCCAUUAUUAAGUGGUAUCUAUUCAUGUAGAUGGUUGGUGUCACAUUUGCACUGGUUAAUCUGUGUCUGAGUUUUUUUGUAUAGAUUUAUCCAAAUGUGACACAAUUUUAGUUGUGGUGUUUAUAGAACACUAAAUGGAUUUUUUUUUUUUUAAAUAGUCAAAAUGGAAACGAUUUCUCUUUGGUUGUAAGAAAUAAUCAUGGAGACAAGAUUCCAUUAAGCUACAUUGUUCUGCACAGUGACGGCAGUAAAACUCAGGACAAAUCAAACAAAUCUAUCUUCAUGUUUAUUACCCCUAGAAACAUGUAAAUAAUAAUGAGGGCAUUAAAAACUCUUACUGUGACAUGUAAGAGUUCUGAAGGAAUGCUGGGCAGCUCAUAUCAGGACUUUCCACUCCUGGUAGAAGGAGUGUCACAAAUGUCUUUCCACACCUGAAAACAACUGCAGCUGUGUUCAUCUGCUGCUGUUGGAACCUGUGACCUGCAGAACAGGUCUGCAGUAUUGUGUGGGUGGGUCGUAGUCUGCGUUAAAGAGGAUUGGCUUUGUUGUUUACAUUACUUCAGGUUUGCUCUUUUUAUUUUCUUUAAUGCUUGGGAGUUGAAUUUGUUCUUGCCAAAUACAGUUAACUUUUUAACAUGAUCUUUUAAAAAGCGCUCACAUUAAAUUUUACAACGGUU